GCUCUCAUCCCUCUCAUCCCGCCACUGACACUUUUGUCGACAGUUUUUGGAUUUCUGCCGAUUUCUCGUUUAGCAACUCUUUGAGAAAUUAAUCAAAAGCAGAGAGAAGUUUUAUUAAUUUUGUGCCGGUAGAAAGCAAAAGAAAACCAAAGCAGAGAAGAUGACAAACUUGGCUCGAAUUCAAAAACUCGCUGCUUUGGCAGUUGGUGGUGCCGGCGGAGUCGCGAUUUAUCUCUACGCAGUUAAGCGAGAACAGUCACCAUUUGUUGAAAAUUCGUGGACAACAAAUGUAGUUGUGCCGGAUGAGGCUAAAUGGGAUUUCAAUUGGGAUCAUCGUGACCCAAAAAGCAUCGUGAAACCAUUGCGUAAAAACGCUACGGACGACGAUGUUCACAAAUACAAUGAAAAAUUAGAAGCGGCCAAAUCGAAAGCAGUUCGUCAUUUGAUAUUGAUCCGUCAUGGUCAAUACAAUUUGGACGGGACCACUGACGAUGAACGCUACCUCACGGAGAUUGGAAGAACUCAGGCUAACCUAACCGGUCAGCGAUUGAAAGUUCUGGAUAUCAAAUGGGACAAGAUGAUUCGAUCGACAAUGACUCGGGCUCAGGAAACUGGAAAGAUAAUCUCAACCGAACUAGCGAUGAAUUUUCCGAUCGAAAAUUGUUCGCUGAUUGAGGAAGGAGCUCCCAUACAGCCGCAGCCGGCUGUCGGUCAUUGGGCUCCGGAACCGUCUCAGUUUUUCCAAGACGGAGCUAGAAUCGAAGCUGGAUUCCGGAAGUAUUUCCAUCGGGCCGAUGCCAAGCAAGAGAAAGAUUCGUAUACAUUGAUGGUGUGCCAUGCAAAUGUUAUACGAUAUUUUGUGUGCCGUGCGAUGCAAUUUCCGCCUGAAGCAUGGCUACGCUUGUCGCUAAAUCAUGCAUCCAUCACAUGGUUGAGUAUUCUUCCAUCGGGACGUGUUAUUCUGCGCUCGAUGGGUGAUUCUGGACACAUGCCACCGAAAUUCGUUACGUCCAGAUAGUAAUUACUGAAUUCUUAAGUUCAAUUGUGAUUUUUUUUGUUGCCAUUUUGGUGUCGUAAUUUCCGAUUUUGUAAGAAAACGAUUUUUUUGUGAGUGUAAUGCGCACAGUAAGAGGACUCUUAAAUAUUUUCUAUUAACCUCUGAAUUUAACGUAACUUAACUUUGUUUAACCGGUCCGUCUGGUGCUAUUAAAUAUUUUCUUUUCUUAAUUGUAAUUUUAAUUCAAUGAAAGUAAUGUUAUAUUGAAUACGAGGAGUAUGUAAUUAGUAAACAAUAAUAGAAUAAAUGGUUACGUAAAUGAGCCGUGCA